AGCUUGGUGACAUCGGUAUUAAAUACCAACACUCGUCCGGACAGCGAUUGGGGGUUAAGUCGCGUGAUUUUUCAUACAGAAAUUCAUCACACAAGAAGGCGAGCGUAAAUCACACAAUGGCAACCGGAAAUGUUGCUCUGAACACGGCGGCUACUUGCUACUCGCCCCUAGAAUCCGAUCAAGAGGCUGGGGUGUCUCAGUUUCGGAUUGCCACAUUGCUCCCUGGAGAAUGGGCGGAACCCAUUCGAUGUCGGCUUGCAAUCCACUCUUUGCAUGAUCCUCCACGAUAUGAGACGAUUUCGUACGCGUGGGGAGACCCACAAGACACAGGACAAGUCUUCGUAGACAAUGUGGAGUUGACGGUACCCAGCAGUCUCGUGCUAUGUCUUCGUCACCUACGCAGCAACGAGAACGAAUUGGCCUUGUGGACGGAUGCUAUCUGCAUCGACCAAUCCAAUCAAGCAGAAAGAGCUUUGCAGGUUAUGAAUAUGGGGGCGAUAUACUGGAGAUGUUUCUCAAUGUAUGUCUGGCUUGGCGAGCCUGUAUCUUUGUCGAAAUUUGAGAAUCCCUUUGGGAUCGUAGUGCAUUGGGCGGAGGAUAAGCACUUCUACGACUACCCAGGGUUUACCCGCUCAGAAGAAUCAGGACAAUGGGUCUUUACCGAUAAUGCCGCCUAUCAGCAAAUGUACGCAGUAUUCGUUGACUUCAUCUCAAAGCCAUGGUGGACAAGGUUGUGGUGUGUGCAGGAGAUCGCCUUAUGUCCACAGGCUAUAGUAGUAUCGGGAUCCUGGCGAAUAUCAUGGGCAUCAGUCCUGAAAGCGAAGGAGAGCCAUGUGCGCCACGAUACCCAGUGUUGCGCGGGCAUUGCCAAUCAGAUGCCUGCAAGAUACACUUACUUCCCCGACCAUUUGCUCGGUCUUCCCCAGAGAUCUAAUCUGAUAGAGCUGGACCGAGUAAUCCGCGGUCUCAGACAUAAGCUCUGCAAAGAUCCAAGAGAUAAAAUAUACGGUCUCCUAGGGCUACUCUGGAAUAGUCCGUACGCAAAAUUCACCGUCGAUUACUCUUUGCCCGUGGGCACGCUAUACCAACAAACCACAGAAAAGGUGAUUCAGCAAGCAAAAGGAGACUUGCAGUUCCUAACUGGUACCGGGAUGGGCUCAGACUGCUAUGACAUGCCGUCGUGGGUGCGAAAUUUCGCAGCUCCACUCGACAGCGCCGAAGCCAGCCACGAAUACGCUCGCUACAAGGGCUACAACUCCUACAACGCCAGUGGCCACAUGAAUAGUGCGACACGCAUACUCGAAGGCAGCAUCUUGAGUUUAUCUGGCAAGUGCAUCGACCGCAUCGAAAGCAUUGGCUCCCCCCUCCGCCACAAAGACUGGACCCACGUCCUCGACACCAUCCAAAGCUGGCUCGACAUCGCCGGCCUCUCGCCCCCCCGCGCCUCUUCCCCCGGCUCGGCUCAAGACCGCUUCUGGCGCGCCGUCCUCGGCGACUACAUGCCCGACUCGCAGUCCGGCGUCGCAUCGUGGAGCCGCAUUGGCACGACCGCCGCCCCGGGCGUCUCGACCUGGUACGCUGACGCGCGGGCGCGCCUGCGCGACGGCCUCGAGCCACUUUUGCAGGCGCCGAUGCAUGCGCUGUGGAUCGCAGCACACAAGCGCAUGUUCUUCUGCACGGGCGAGGGUCAUUUUGGACUGUGCUUUCCACAUUCGAGGCCUGGGGAUGAGGUGUGGGUGCUUGCGGGGGGAAAAGUGCUGUUUGUGCUGCGCCCGGCGGGUGGUGAUGUUGAGGAGGGAGGAGGGGAGGCUGAGAGACCGCCAAGGUUCAAGUUGAUCGGGGAGUGCUAUUUGCAUGGUUUCAUGGACGGGGAGGCUUUGGAUACGGAGGAUGAACAGCUGGGGCCUUUGUACCUGGUAUAGAGGAUGCGAGUAGAUGGGAAAUGGGACAUACGAGAUAGAAUGAUGCAAAGGAUCAUUUUUGUGGGGGUCUCACUCUCUCUUGCUCCGAUCAUGAACACAUGUGUAAGUAAGUCAAGUCUAGGAAUCACAUCUUUGGUCCAUCUGGAACGUCAAGGUCAUUCUCUAGAAAAAGUAGGCCGUGAACAUGCUUGAUGUAGUGGA